CAGGAAGAGGAGGACAAAGAGGCCGUUGGCACUGUAGAGAAGUCCAAGAACUGGAGCUCGGUAAACCUCGCCUUCCAGGAGAGCAAACUCAACUACCGUGGCAGCUUCUCAGCUCUUUCCUUCACGAACUGGCUUUGGUUUAGGGUAGUUCGACCCAAGCUGGAAGAGACCAAGUCAAAGCUUCCUGAGCUCAGCGAAGAGGACAUGGAAAAGUAUGGCAUCCAAGAUGUUGAGGAAGUCUUGGGAGAGUUCAUGCCUGCCAUGAAGAAGAAAGAGGAGAAGGAAGACAAGAAGGACAAAAAGGACAAAGAGAAGGACAAGAAAGACAAAAAGGACAAAAAGGAAGAGGACGACAAGAAGGACAAGAAAGACAAGAAAGACGACAAAAAGGAUAGCAAGAAGAAAAAGAAGGACAUUGUCCAGUUGAAUGCCAAGGAGAAGCUCCAGGUUCAGAACUUGAUCAAGAACAUGAUCUAUGGAGAGUCCGGAAAGAACAAGAGCAUCACCACGGGAUGGGUGAAUCUCAUCGACGAGAAGGAGAUCCCACGACUGACGCCUUGGGAGUUCCAGCUCGCCCACAUCAUGCGAACCUCCAUGGCGCUGGAGUACAGUGCCAAAAAGAAGAAGGAGACUCCGGAUUUGAAUCUCUACUACGAAAUGUGCCAGUCUUUGGCGGAUGCCAUCGGCCUCAUUAAGAAACAGUAUUUGCAUGAAUUCCCACAGAAUUCCAUUGAGGACGUCCUGCCCAUCCAGGAAGCAUUGGCUUUGCAGAGUCGCUUCAGGGAAGGCUCCGUGGCAGGUGCCAAAUUUGAUCUCCUUUGGUAUUUGCAAAACGGAGCUCAUCUCUUGGCUGGAAGUAGUUUUGCCAAGAAGCACCGCACCACGGUCUUCAAGCCCUUCAAGAUCCAAGAGCUGAUGAUCGAUGCAGUUUUGCAGCCAGGA